GCAGGCGCAGCCGCGGGCCCCGGCGCACGGCUCUGCUGGCGGUUGGCGAGAGCGGCAGCGGCUGAGCUGGAAGCCGGCGCCAUGGUGGAGAAGGAAGAGGCCGGCGGCGGCGGUGGCGGCAUCAGCGAGGAGGAGGCGGCGCAGUAUGACCGGCAGAUCCGCCUGUGGGGACUGGAGGCCCAGAAGCGGCUUCGAGCUUCCCGGGUGCUGAUUGUUGGAAUGAAAGGACUUGGGGCUGAGAUUGCCAAGAAUCUUAUCCUGGCAGGAGUGAAAGGACUGAGCAUGCUGGAUCACGAGCAGGUAUCUCCAGAAGAUUCUGGAGCUCAGUUCUUAAUUCGGACUGGGUCUGUGGGCCAAAAUAGGGCUGAGGCCUCUUUGGAACGAGCCCAGAACCUCAACCCCAUGGUGGAUGUCAAGGUGGAGACUGAGGCCGUAGAGAAGAAACCCGAGGCAUUCUUCACUCAGUUUGAUGCGGUGUGCCUGACUUGCUGCUCCAGGGAUGUCAUUGUUAAAGUCGACCAGAUCUGUCACAGAAACAGCAUCAAGUUCUUCACAGGAGAUGUCUUUGGGUACCAUGGGUACACCUUUGCAAAUCUCGGAGAGCAUGAGUUUGUAGAAGAGAAAACCAAAGUUACCAAAGUUGGUCAAGGAGUAGAAGAUGGACCUGACACUAAGAGAGCUAAGCUGGACUCAUCUGAGACAACCAUGGUCAAAAAGAAAGUGCUUUUCUGCCCUGUAAAAGAGGCGCUAGAAGUGGAUUGGAGCGGAGAGAAAGCCAAGGCUGCCCUGAAGCGCACAGCCCCGGACUACUUUCUGCUGCAAGUGCUGCUGAAAUUCCGCACAGAUAAAGGGAGAGAUCCCAGUUGUGAUAGCUACAGCGAGGACGUGGAGCUGCUGCUGCAGAUAAGAAAUGAUGUGCUUGACUCACUGGGCGUCGGUCCUGACCUGCUUCCCGAUGACUUUGUCAGGUACUGCUUCUCUGAGAUGGCCCCCGUAUGUGCUGUGGUUGGAGGGAUCUUGGCACAGGAAAUUGUGAAGGCCCUGUCUCAACGGGACCCUCCUCACAACAACUUCUUCUUUUUCGAUGGCAUGAAAGGGAGUGGAAUUGUGGAGUGCCUAGGUCCCAAGUGAGCCUGAGGUACGGCAGCCCAGAGGUGUGUGCCGGCGUGCACGCUCCAAGCCCACCUGUCACCUGCCAUCUUCCCAAGAAGGCAUGUUUGGAUUACAGAUAUUCCUAGAGCAAGUAGGCCGGACCGACCUCAUCCUGCUUCUGUCCUAGCCACUGUCGGGGACCUGCCAGCUCUGGAGUACGACCAUCGCCUGUGCCUAGACCCCUCUGGCAUUGCUCACUGUGCUGCCUUUGGGGACUGACAGUGUCUGCCAAGAGCUGCGUCCGUGCUUGAUGGUGUUGGAGUUUCUUGCACCCAUUUGGACUUACUCCCUUCCGUAGUCAGCAGAAAGGAGCAGGUCUGCAGCAGGGGUACAAGGGCACUUCUGCCAAAGCCCGAAGGACCAAGACCAACCCACAGUUACUGGGCCUCCAUCAGGCUGUAGCCUGGGCUGUGGAAUGGCAGAGACUGCCGCCCAACUAUGUUGCAAGUUAAACCUUAGUGUGGAAGUGUUCAGAUCUUUUUUGGCUGUGGACCUAUUAGCUUAACCUUUAAUGGCGGAGCCGUCUGUCACCCCAAACUUUUUUUUUCCCCUGAGACAGGGUUUCUCUGUGUAUCAGUCCUGACUGUCCUGGAACUCGCUCUGUAGACCAAGAUGGCCUCGAACUCACAGAGAUCCACCUGCCUUUGCCUCCGGAGUGCUGGGAUUAAAGGCAUACGACACCACUGCCAUCUGGCCCCACAUUUUUAUUUCUGAAAAAGCAGAUCCAAUGCCAGAGACCAUGGUGUGGGCCUGUGAUCCUAAAAAUUGGGAUGCAGGGUCAGGAGGAUUGCUGUGAAUGUGAAGGCCACACUGGUCUACAUAAUGUACCAAGAACCUGUCUCAAAAUACAAAAGGUGUGUUCCAGAGUUGGGGUGACAGCUCUCCCGGUUCAUGGUCCUGGGCACCUAGGUCCUCGGGUGAGAGGGCUGGGUUGGGUUGGAUCUUUUUUUGGGGUGGGACAGCUUGUCUUCUCUAGUUCGUAGAUUCCCUUGGUUGUUUGUGAGGAGUGAUAAUAAAGUAAUCAUACUUGA